AUGUCCUACUACAGGUACCAGUACAAGCAGCAGCGUUACAUCCCGGCUGGAAUGAAGUGCCCCCCGCCCGUGUUCCCCCAGCAGUGCCACCCCCCCGGGGUGGUGAAGUGUGUGCAGUGCCCGGGGUGUGCCCCCACGGCUGCCAAGGUGUGCAGUGUGAGGAGGACCCUGCAGAGCCCUCGCUGCUCCUCGGGCUGUGUGGAGACACACGUGGUGGAAGGUCACUCCUGCUCCUCCUCCUCCUCCUCCUGCUGCUGCAGCCCCAGGAGCCUCAACCCCUGCACUGUGACCUUCCCUCAGCCCCAGGGGACGGGCAGGGAGCAGCUCUGCCUGUCCCAGUGUGGGCAGGUGGGCGUGAAGAGGUGCCCUCAGGUGUGUGCCCCCACUCCUCAGGUGUGUGUCCCAGCCCCUCAGGUGUGUGUCCCAGCCCCUCAGGUGUGUGUCCCAGCCCCUCAGGUGUGUGUCCCAGCUCCCCUGUGCCAACACAGCUCCUACCCUUACUCGUACCAGUGGUCCAACAGCUACCAGUACAACUGUGGGCAGCAAUAA